GUGAAUCAGUACCUGUAGAGGAUCCUAACAAACCGCUAGAUGAAUUGGAACCUGGAGCUCAGCGCCAAUACUCCCUAAAUGACUUCGAACUCAUACGAGUUAUAGGACGUGGCUCCUACGCCAAAGUGUUGAUGGUAGAAUUGAAAAAAGCUAAGCAUAUUUAUGCUAUGAAAGUGAUGAAGAAAUCACUAGCAAAGGAUCAUGUGGAUAUAGAAUGGAUGCAAACCGAGAAGCAUGUUUUUGAAACAGCUUCAAACCAUCCAUUUUUAGUUGGUUUACACUCGUGCUUCCAAACUCCAUCGCGGCUAUUUUUUGUCAUAGAAUUUGUCCGAGGAGGCGAUCUUAUGUUCCAUAUGCAACGACAGAGAAGAUUGCCGGAAGAGCACGCCAGAUUCUAUGCCGCAGAAAUUUCAUUAGCAUUGAACUUUUUACAUUGCAAGGGUAUCAUUUACCGGGAUUUAAAGUUGGAUAACGUUCUCUUAGAUCAUGAAGGACACAUUAAAUUGACUGAUUAUGGUAUGUGUAAAGAAGGCAUUAGACCAGGAGAUACUACGUCAACAUUUUGUGGCACUCCUAAUUAUAUUGCACCAGAAAUUUUACGUGGUGAAGAUUAUGGCUUUUCUGUUGAUUGGUGGGCAUUAGGGGUACUUUUAUAUGAAAUGUUGGCUGGACGGUCGCCGUUUGACAUAGCUGGAGCAUCUGAAAAUCCGGAUCAGAACACUGAAGACUAUUUAUUCCAAGUGAUAUUAGAAAAAACAAUACGUAUUCCUCGAUCAUUGAGUGUGAAGGCUGCUAAUGUUCUCAAAGGAUUCCUGAAUAAAAAUCCUGCGGACCGCUUAGGAUGCCAUAACCCUGAUGCAUUUACAGAAAUCACUGAACACCAAUUUUUCAAAAGUAUACAUUGGGAUAUGCUGGAACAAAAACAAGUUCAACCACCCUAUGAACCCCGUUUGGAUUCUGACAGAGAUUUGGCCAAUUUUCCACCAGAAUUUACAGACGAACCAGUGCAUCUUACACCAGAUGAUCCGUAAGUAAAC